CAGUCGUUGGCUACGGGAGGGCGGUGGUGAUGACGGACGGGCGUGACGGCCCCGCCGCGGCUGCGCCUCCUCCCUCUCCUCCCGCCGCCGCCGCCGAGGCCUCGUCAGACUCAUCAUGAGAGGAGACAUAACCCUCAAACAAAUACAUCUGGAUCAAAGGAAAAGCAGUCCAAGGCCAUGCAAGCCACCUGUAGUCACCUUCACAAUCUUCCAGGAACUGGAGGCAGUGAGACUGCCCCAGCUUCUCAUUGUGCCCAUACUGUAAGAAUGACUGGUGAAGGUUCUUGCCAUCAUCCUGGAGACAUUCACAUCCAGAUAAGCCCUGUACCUGGAGAGUGUGGUGAAAGUCCAAGCCCUAGAAACUUAAGGUCUGGUUCCCAAAGCAAUACUCAGGGCUGCAUACACGGUCGAUUAAGAAGUCAUUCACACAAUGAAGCAAGGCAACCUGAUGAUGCUACCAUGGAGCCAGGAGAAAAUGGCAGCAGCUCUAUCUCUGAGUUUCGCUGUCUCUUCCAUUGGUUACAGAAAAGUCUUCCAUAUAUUUUGAUUUUGUGUGUCAAACUGGUAAUGCAGCAUAUAACAGGCAUUUCUCUUGGAAUUGGGCUGCUAACAACUUUUAUGUAUGCAAACAAAAGCAUUGUAAAUCAGGUUUUUCUAAGAGAAAGGUGCUCAAAGGUACAGUGCGCUUGUUUACUGGUAUUCUUAGCAGGAUCUUCCGUUCUCUUAUAUUACACCUUUCAGUCUCAAUCACUUUAUUACAGCUUAAUCUUUUUAAAUCCUACUUUGGAUUUUUCGAGCUUCUGGGAGGUACUCUGGAUUGUGGGAAUUACAGACUUCAUUCUUAAAUUCCUCUUCAUGGGCUUCAAAUGCCUUAUUUUGUUGGUGCCUUCUUUUGUGAUGUCUUUUAAAUCCAAGGGCUAUUGGUAUAUGCUCAUAGAAGAAUCAUGCCAGUAUUAUCGAACUUUUGUUCCUAUUCCAGUUUGGUUUCGUUACCUUGUUAGCUAUGGGGAGUUGGGAGGCAGUGUAACAGGAUGGAGUCUUGGGAUUCUGCUGGGUCUGCUCUACCUCAUUCUAAAACUUCUAGACUUUUUUGGGCAUCUGAGAACUUUCAGGCGGGCUUUACGGAUAUUUUUAACACGCCCAAGUUAUGGGGUGACAGCCUCCAAAAGACAGUGUUCAGAAGCUGAUGAUCUUUGUUCUAUCUGUCAGGCCGAAUUCCAGAAGCCUAUUCUUCUCAUCUGUCAGCAUAUAUUUUGUGAAGAGUGUAUCACGUUAUGGUUUAAUAGAGAGAAAACAUGUCCACUUUGCAGAACUGUUAUUUCAGACCAUGUAAACAAAUGGAAAGAUGGAGCCACUUCAUCACAUCUUCAGAUUUAUUAAAUCCUGUCAACUGCUAUUUGGUGUUUAUAGGAUGCUGGUUUUCAUUCGAUGUUUGACUAAGUAAUGUGGGUACUGCUAUAAUUGAAUUUUAAAUGGACUUUCAAUGUUUUUAGUUCAAAACUAAACUUGAGCAUCCAAAUCAGACAUUUUAGACUAUUACAAACAAGUUAAAGAAAAUUCUGUCUUCAGACAUGAAAUUUUAAGAAUUAAAUGGGUAAAAAGCAACCCUGUGUUUUUUUUUGACUUUUCUUCUAAUUCAGUGUUGUUCAAACAACAUUUUCAUCUGUGUGUAUUUAAAGAUCUGUAUAAUGUUAAAUUGUUUAGACAUUCUCAGUAUGUAGUUGGACAAUUAGUAGUUUGUUUUGAGGAACUCAGGCAUUGUUUCCUGCUGGAAUCAAAAUCUUAUUUUUUCAUGGUUUUAAGGUACAUGUAUAUAAAAACGGUUCUAGCUUUUUAGAGAGCAUUGACUUUUAUAAACCCAAUUCUGAAUUAUUCCUAGAAUUCUUAUGCCACUGUAAGGGAUUUCAAUGUAUUUUUCUUGUGUUGGCUUUUAAGAAUAAUAGGAAUAAUUCCUAUAUUUUAUAAAACUUGUAUUUUUUAAAUUUAAAGUUCUAAAUACUAUAUUUUGUCUAAAUUAGAUUUUCCAAGUCAAAGGAACUGACUAGGGAAGGUAUAUUUUAACCUGUAUUGUUAACUGUCACUUUAAUUAGCAAUCAGUGAGAAUAAAUGAAAGUUAAAAAUU